AUGUUCUAUGAGCUGGUUAGCAGCGCCCAGAAGAAAUUUCGGUGGAUAGGCACGGCGCAUGCGUGUGAGCGGUUAAUGAAAGAGACCCCAAGACUUAGUCACGCCCUUCACCCGCUGCUUACUGCGAAGAGGCAGGGAAAUGCCAGGGCACCAUAUAUUGUGGGACUUCUCAGAACAGAAGUUGCGACAGCUUCAGCAUCAAAUGCGGUAUUUCAGUAUGACCAAAAAAGGGCUGUAUUGAUGGGAUUUCCUUUUGGAUCCUUGGUUUACCAGGAGAAGAUGAAGAGGAGCAGCCGUGAGGCCUGGCUUUCUGCUCUGCUCAGGAUGAGGCAGUGCCAUCAGGGAAGUACCCACGCAGCCUUCCUCCAGCCUGGCUACCCAACUAGGAAACUUCAACAAGAUGUCAAGGAGUUUCGAAAUUCUUUUCUGGUGCUCUUGCAAAGCUAUCAGGGUGACUACCAGAGCUGCCUUUCUGACAUAACAGCUGCUGUGCAGAGGACACAGCUGAGCAUCGAGGCUCUUCAAGCCUGUCAGUCAGAGGCUGCACGUCUGCAGCAGCACUUGGAGGAGCUGGAAUCACGGUAUCACCUGGAGCAGCAGAGGAGGCGAGCCCUCCACAACAGCCUGGUGGAGCUGAAGGGAAACAUUCGAGUCCACUGUCGCAUCCGUCCCUUUUGGUCAUUUGGGCACAAGUUGGAUGGUUCGGCUUCACAGAACUGCACCACCCCUGGAGAAGUGGUCCACGCUGUUGAUGAUGAAACAGUCCUGGUGAGGUGUGCUCUUCCUGGCCGUCCUCCCACUGACAAGACAUACAAUUUUGAAAGAGUGUAUGGCCCAGCAGCAUCUCAGGCAGUGGUAUUUGAAGAUAUUCGACCCCUCCUCAUAUCCCUUUUGGAUGGGUACAAUGUUUGCAUUAUGGCUUAUGGCCAGACCGGGAGCGGGAAAAGCUACACCAUGUUGGGGCCCCACUCUGAAGAUGACGCUGCUGCACUGUUGUCAGGUGUUCAUGAAGACUUGGGGAUCAUCCCCAGAGCCACUGAGGAACUCUUCAGGCUCAUUUCAGAAAACCCUUCAAGAAGUCCAAAAGUUGAUGUUUCCAUAGUAGAAAUUUAUAACAACAACAUUUUUGACCUCCUGGCCAAAGAUAAUUCUACAGUGAUGUUGGGGGCUAAGUGCCAGAUGGCGACAAUGCAAGAGGGACGUUCAGAGGUACCCAGGCUGACUUGCAGGCCUGUCACCAGUGCUGAGGAAUUUGUGGGGCUCAUUCACAAGGGUGUGAGGCUGAGAGUGCAGCACCCCACCCUGGUGCACAAGAAUUCUUCCCGAUCUCACUUGAUCGUCACGGCGACACUGACCACAGCUUCGCCCUUGGGCAACACUGCCACACAGUCCAGCCAAGCUUCCCUCCAGAAGAUAGCAGGGGCCAGUAAUUGGUGGAUUACCCCUCCCCCGGCUUCAUCUCCACACACCAUUCCAGCGGACUCUGCAGAUCAUCCUGGGCAGGUGCUGGCCAGGCUGCAGCUUGUGGACCUGGCCGGCAGUGAGUGCUCAGCAGUGUCUGGGGUGACCGGUUUGGCACUGAAGGAGACCUCUUUCAUCAACCGGAGUCUGGCGGCCCUCGCAGAUGUUCUUGGAGCCUUGUCAGAGCACUGUGACCAUAUCCCAUAUCGGAACAGCAAGCUCACGCACCUGCUCCAAGAUUCCAUUGGUGGCAAUGCAAAGUUACUGAUGAUUCUGUGUGUGUCUCCUGGGCAGAAGCACAUGGCAGAGACUCUACGUGGUCUAACAUUUGGGGCCCGAGCUCGGCAGGUUGAGCGAAGAGCACCCAGAAGGAGACCUCCCAGCCCCCGGAUGCAGAAGCCAGGGAUGGGCCUGGCAGGGUCAUAG